AUGCCUCCUAGCACAAAACCAUCUAUGAAUAAUGCCUCUCAGAGGCCUAAACAGGAAAACAUUAACCCAAGGGGUGAGAAACGCACUGCUGAUGGGACCAUCAAAGAACAAGUUGAACAAGUACAGCCUAUAGAUCAAGCCCCCGAUAGGGACGUCCCAACGCAGCUGACCCCAAAUUUCCUUGAAGCUCAUAACCCUGAUGGGCAAGAGAGGGAGUUGAGCGAGUUUUCAGGGGGUUAUGAGACUGAAGGCGAGUUUGGUGCAGAUGAGAUGGAAGAAGACGAUGACGAUGACGGUGAUGGUGACGACAGCGACGGUGAUGAAGAUGAAAAAAAACACGGAAAGAAGGAUGGGGAUGGUAAAGGUAGCCAACGAAAGCCAGAUCGAGACUUUGAUCCAGAUCACGGCAACGGAUACAAUGGAGACGGUGGUAAUGACGGUUACGAGGGUGACACUGAUAACAGUGGAGCCAAUACCGAUUUCUUCGGUGACUGUGAAUCCAAUGGAGAUCCGGUCUUUGAGCCAGAUAGUGAAGGAGAAACUCGCAGCCUUGACAGCAUCGACCCCAGAACAUCCGGUGAUAUCGUUUUUGACACAGUUGAAAGUCACAUGCAGACUCGUGUUUGGACACCAGAUGAGGAUUCGCAAACGCUGAUUGAAAAUGAGACUGGAGGCCAUGGUCUCUUCCAAGAAGAUGCUUUCCAAUACCCCGAGGAAGGUAGUAGUAGCUCUGAAAGAAUAUACUACUACAAUCCAAAUGACUUCUAUUAUGAGGAGUCUCCUGAGCAGACCAGCGAGGAAAGCGAUGAGGAAACGAAUGACAACGAGGAUGAAGAUGAAGAGGCUGAAGACGAACGUGAAGAAGCAGCAGCCACUCCUGCUGAUGAUACCCUACCCGGUCACCAUGAGGCGGAAUACGAAUAUGAUACCACGCACCCAUACCCCAUUGCCACUGAAGACAUGAAUACAUGGUACACCGAUCCAGUUCUUGCUGAUAUUGAUGGUCAUCGCCCUUCAACCCAGCCCAUCUCUGGACAGAAUGGCUUCCUUUCUCGCCAGAUGGCAACAACCCAUAUUCAACCAUUUGCUCGCAAUAAAGAAGGAAUCUGGGAAGACACAUCUGAAGAUGAAGAAGACAAUAUCACCACCCUUAGUGUCAUGGAACUGUCCGAUAUACCUAGCUCCAGCCCAGUUCCAGAAGAAGAAAACAAAGAGAACAAAUACCCUCAGGAUGAUAAUCUCAACAUGGAAAGUGAGGUUGAGACCGGUGUCUUAGAAGAGGCCCUUCUUGAGCCGGCUUCCAGCAAUUCCCAGCCGUGGAUGAGCCGUUAUAGCCCAGCAGAGGACCGAGAAUACCGGCCAAUAUCCUUUGGCGCUGCCCUCCGCCCUGUUCCAUCUUUGGUUGGAAGAGUCCCAGUACUCAACGUUAACCCAAACAGCCCAAGAACUCGAGUCCAUGAAUGGUACAGCAGAGUUGGUACAUCCAUCCAGGACGUUCCAGAGGAAAGAGUCCCUACUGCUGGAGUCGUGAGACGCGCUCACUCACCACCCCCUUCAAUCUAA